AUGGGUCUCAAAGUUAUCAUCGUUGGGGGGAACUUUUCCGGCCUAUCGCUUGUGAACAUGCUGGAAAAGUUCGACAUUGACUAUGUUCUUCCCGAAGGGUAUCCUACUAUCGCGUCUCAGCUUGGUGCAAGCGUUGGAUUGCUUCCGACCGGUUUGCGUAUUCUGGACCAGCUUGGCUGUUACGACGAGAUGGAAAGAACGGUCGGAGAUGCCAACUACAAAGCUGGCCGCACUCCAGAUUCUGUUCAAGAACCUCAAUACGUGGAGCGCAUUCUCACAAACAAGCGUGUUUUUCGAAUCGAACAUGAGCCAGAUGGUGUCAGAGUAUUCACUAGAGACGGAUCGACGUACAAAGGGGACUUCGUCGUCAGAGCAGACGGUAUUCAUAGUAUUGUUAGACGAGAAAUGUGGAUGGUUGCAGAUGAGGAAGGGUCGGGUGUUUUGAAACCAGACCCACUUCGAUACCUUCAAUGCGAAUACAAGUGCAUUUUUGGUAUCUCCAAAAGACCUGCUGGCCUUGCAGCUUCACCUCUGCAACUGAAUGCAUUCUUCAAGAACUGCAACUACCUAGUAUUUAGCAAAGACAUCCCUCGGUACUCAAAAGAAGACGAACUGGCGCUGGCUGAGCAGCAAUUCGAGGACCGCAUUACAGAAAAGGUACAUCCGCUCAGCGCCCAGGGUGCAAACACUGCCAUCGAAACAGCCGCCGUUCUAACCAACACUCUUCUCGCGGCAGCACGAGUCCAAGAAACCGAAAAGCCAUUCACGGAAGAAGAAGAAGACGACAUCAUCUCCAUCUUCACAGAAGUUCAAGCUCAUCAGUUCAAAAGGGCCGUCAAAGCAGUUGAUCAAGGCCGUAUGAUGAAUUACAUGACCGUCAAGGAAACCUUGCGAUCACGCGUCUUCGUCAAUUACUUCUUCCCCCGCUUUGGACAGAGUACGAUACUCAAUCCCUGGGUCAAAAGCCCCCUCAAUGGCCCCAUGAUUAACGAUCUCCCCGUCCCAGCACGAUAA